GAUUGAGGCUAGUCGAUCUGGAAAUAUUGAAGACGCACAGUUUCUUAUCACUUUCCAGCUCAUAGCUUCACGUAAACCACUCUUGCAGCCAAUUUCUACAACACACCAAUCUUCUACUAUUGAUUUGCAUGAAUAUAGCUACACUUAUAGAUUAAACAAAUUAAUUACUUUCCCGAUUUCACUUGCAUCAUUACCUCUCGAUACUGAGCUCAUCGUUAAUUUAUACACAAAGAAUGAACUCUUUGGAUCUACUUCACUUAAACUAUAUAAUGAUAAUUGUACACUAACUGUAGCUCACCAGAAGCUCCUAAUAAGAUGUCAAAGUAGCUUGGAUAAGGAGUUUAUUACGAAUAAAGGUUAUGAUGAGUUUAGCAGAUUAGAGAAGCUAUCCUAUAAACUCAACAAUGGAGAUAUGCAAAGCUUGGGAUGGCUGGAUACUCUUUCUCUGAACAACAUUCAACAGUUGCACAAAUCAGCCAAAGUUAAUGAAAAUGACGUCUACCUGUACUUGCAGCUACCUCAGUUUGACUUUCCUAUAGUAUACCACGAAAUUGAACAUCGCAUACCAUCAAUGAUUGAGAAAAAUAUACAACCAUUCAACCCGAUUAGCCAGUUAGAAGCAGGCAACAAUGGGGCUACGGCAAUAUCUGAACCAUUAGCAUCAUCAAUCGUCGAUCCGGAUGGUGAUAGAGAGAAUCCUGUUGAAGCCAAGUAUCGUAGAUUGAUACGUUCCCAUCGUUCAGGCUUGCUUGAUAGAGAACUCAAACCUAAUCCAAAAAUACGAGAUGAUCUCAACGUUAUAAUCAACUAUCCACCAACAAAAGAACUCUCACAAUCUGAAAAAAAUCUAAUCUGGAAGUUUAGAUUCUAUCUAGCUAGAGACAAGCGUGCGCUCACGAAGUUUCUCAAGAGUGUCACCUGGACAGAUACAUCAGAAGUCCAUCAGGCAGUUGAUAUACUCCUACCACUCUGGACAGAGCCAGAUACAGAAGACGCGCUUGAACUACUUGGACCUGGUUUCGUCAAUCCGAAGGUACGUUCAUAUGGUGUACAUCUUUUAUCGAGAGCAGAUGACGAGGAAAUAUUACUAUAUCUGUUACAAUUAGUCCAAGCGUUGAAAUUUGAAAUAUCAAAACAUAAACAUUCGGAUAAUUUCAAGUCACAUCAAUAUGAUUCAGGUCUAGUAGAUCUACUAAUAAAAAGAGCGGUAUCGAAUGAUGUGUUAGGGAAUAACUUCUAUUGGUAUCUCAUGGUUGAAUGCUCAGGUUCUCGUUAUGGGAAGUUAUACGCUCGUGUCGCUCAUUUAUAUCUACAAAAUUUGGUUCAAACUCCCGAUGGUCCUGAUAAAAGAGAAACAAUUAAAAAGCAAGCAGAAUUGGUCGAGACAUUAAAUAAAAUCGCAAAGAAGUUGCGUUCAUCUAAAGAUCCACGUCCUAAGAAAAUUGAAACUCUUAGACAUAUAAUUAAUGAUUCACGUAAGAAACUAUCAACACUUUCAAUACCGUUACCAAUACCGGUGGAUAGUCGUAUAAAGGUAAAAGGAAUUGACGCCGAUCAAUCAUCAGUUUUCAAAUCGAAUCUCUUCCCCAUGUUAUUAUAUUUCCAGGAGGAUGGCAAUGAAGAUGCUUACUAUCCAGUUAUAUUUAAAGAUGGCGAUGACUUAAGACAGGACCAGCUUGUCGUGCAGCUAUUCACUCUCAUGGAUAGAUUACUAAGAAAGGAAAAUCUUGAUUUGAGGUUAAAGUUGUUCAAAGUGUUGGCUACAGAUACAACAGCUGGUAUGGUUCAAUAUAUUCCGAACAAAACACUUUCUACUGCUGUCAACGAUCAUGGUAAUUUGUUGUCUUAUCUCAGGUAUCACCAUCCAAAUGAAUCCAGCUUGAUGACAUAUGGUGUGGAACCUGCUAUCCUAGACAACUUUGUGAGGAGCUGCGCUGGCUAUUGUGUUAUGACAUUCCUACUCGGUGUAGGUGACCGACACCUAGACAAUUUGCUUCUCUGUCCAGAUGGUCACUUCUUCCAUGUUGAUUUCGGUUACAUACUAGGUCGAGACCCAAAGCCAUUCCCACCUUUACUGAAAAUAAGCAAGGAGAUGGUGGAUGGUAUGGGUGGUCCAACUUCGCCACAUUACCACAAAUUCAAAAACCUUUGCUUUACUGCCUAUACAACACUACGCAAGAAUUCGAAUCUUAUACUGAAUUUGAUAGCCUUGAUGAUUAAUGCUAACAUUCCAGAUAUACAAAUAGAACCAGAUAAGGCUGUUUUGAAGGUACAAGAAAAGUUUAGAUUGGAUCUCAGUGAAGAAGACGCAAUCAAACACUUUGAAGCACUCCUCAAUGAAACUUCAUACUUAAGUGCUGUAUUUGAUCAAAUUCAUAAUAUAGCUCAAUAUUGGAGAUCUUAGGAGAUACUCAUUAUUUU